ACAGUGAUUGUUCUUGCCUCUCCAACAGAUGAUCCAAAAAAGACUGAACAUCUGCUUGCACUUGACAGAGCGAAGGAGAGACUUCAACUGUUCAAAGCAAACCUGCUGGAAGAGGGUUCAUUUGAUCCUAUUGUUGAGGGUUGUGCGGGCGUUUUUCACACUGCCUCACCCUUUUAUCAUGAUGUCAAGGAUCCGCAGGCAGAAUUACUGGAUCCUGCUGUGAAGGGAACUCUUAAUGUUCUGAAGUCGUGUUCCAAAACACCUUCUGUGCAGCGUGUGGUCUUGACAUCAUCUAUGGCUGCAGUUGAGCAUGAUGGAACACCACUGACACCCAAUGUUGAGGUGGAUGAAGAUUGGUUUUCUGAUCCAGACUUGUGUAGGAAAAAUAAGAUGUGGUAUGAGCUCUCAAAGACUUUGGCUGAGGAAGCAGCCUGUGAAUUUUUGAGAAAAAAGGGCAUUGACAUGGUCACAAUCAACCCGGGUAUGGUGAUUGGUCCUCUUUUGCAGCCAACACUUAACACAAGUGUUGCGGCGAUCGUAAAUUUGAUAAAUGGUGCACCAACUUUUCCAGAUGAAAGUUGUGGAUGGGUGAAUGUCAAAGAUGUUGCAAAGGCUCAUAUACUGGCAUUUGUGGUCCCAUCAGCCCGCAGAAGAUAUUGUUUAGUUGAGUGUGUUCCACACUACUAUGAGAUCGUGCGUUUCUUUCGCGUGCUUUACCCUUCUCUUCAACUUCCGGAAAAGUGUGAGGACGACAAGCCUUACAUGCCGAUCUAUUGGGUGUCCACGAAGAAAGCAAACAGAUUGGGGAUCGAGUACAUUGAUACAGGGCAGUGUUUGAAGGAAACUGUGGAAAGCCUGAAGGAGAAGGGAUUUGUUAAGUUUUGAUAGAGAAUUUUCCCAAGUCAGAAAUGUAAACGAGAGGUUUUUCACCUAUACUUGCUGUCUGUUCCCAUGAAAUGUGUUUGCAUAUGAACAUAGGUAAAGGCAGGAAUCAUGAAUCUUCCUGCUCCUCUGUCCUCAUCUUCGUAGUAAUAAAACAAGGAAUACCAUCGA